UUCUCCUCUAAAUGCUCCUCAGGUGAAGCUGCUGAAAAAGCAAAGAGAAACUCAAAGCUUCCAUCAGAGACAGUGGUCCUGCUGGUUCUCUGUGUUCUGCUGACUGCUGCUCUCAUCAUUAGUUACAGACUCUCCGUGGAGGCAGCCAGACGACCUCUCCAAACCCUGAGAGAGGAGAAUGAAGCUCUGAGGAAAAACCUGUCAGUGAAAGAUAAAAAAUGUCUGAAGUGUGGAGCAGGCUGGGAGCCUCUUGGAGGAAAGUGUUAUUAUUUCAACACCGAUAAGCUCAACUGGAAAGACAGCAGAAGGUCCUGCAGAGAUGUUGGAGGAGACCUGGUGAAGAUCGACAGCAGAGAGGAGCAGGGGUUUCUGAAGGGAAAACUGGGACACUUGAUGGCCAAUGAUGAGGACAUGUUCUGGACUGGACUGACGGACUCAGAGACUGAAGGAAUAUUUCUGUGGGUGGACGGAUCACAUCUGAAUGAAAGUUUCUGGGGCUACAAUCAGCCUGACGACGUGAGUGGAAUUUCUCCCAACGCAGACUGUGUGAGGAUGGGAAAUACAGCAGAUCCUGAUGAUCUGAAGUGUUGUUCAGUCCAGGAUCCAGAUGGAGGCUGGUAA